AAGGCAACUUCACUCGGCGUGCUCGUCGCUGACAACUUUACACUCUCCCUGAAGAAUUCAUCCACUCUCCGUGCCAACCUCACCUUUGGUAAUAAUAUAUGCCAAUUUAUCUGUGGAUAUGAUCAGCAAGUGGGAAAGAAUGGCGCGGUGCAGGCGGCGACGGACGGCUUGCUUGCGCUUGGAAAGGAUCAGUUAGCCUGCUCUAGCAGCUCAAGCAAAAAAGGGAUUACCAAGAUUGUUGUUGGCCAUUGCUUCAGCACGAAUGGAGGAGGUUUCCUGUUCUUCGGGGAUGAUAUCGUACCCACCUCGCGUGUAACUUGGGUUCCCAUGGCUCGUACCACAUCUGGGAAUUACUACUCACCUGGCUCAGGAACACUAUACUUCGACCGACGCUCGCUAGGGGUGAAGCCAAUGGAGGUGGUAUUUGACAGCGGUAGUACCUACACCUACUUUGCCGCCCAGCCAUACCAAGCAACUGUGAAUGAGCUCAAAGCUGGUCUCAGCAAGUCACUUAAAGAAGUCUCAGACGUCAUUCUGCCUCUUUGCUGGAAAGGGCAGAAGGUAUUCAAAUAUGUGUCAGAGGUCAAGAACGAUUUCAAGUCACUGUUCUUGAACUUUGGCAAGAAUUCUGUCAUGGAGAUCCCUCCGGAAAACUACCUCAUUGUCACUAAAUAUGGGAAUGUGUGCUUAGGCAUCCUUGAUGGUACGGCUGCUAAACAGACAUUCAACAUAAUUGGAGACAUCACAAUGCAGGAUCAGAUGAUAAUUUAUGACAAUGAGAAAGGGCAGCGGGCUAAGGCAUCUCUCUUUCAGGAAGAUGAUAAUUCUGAUGAUUUCAGGAAGAUUCCCAAUGGCGUAAAUGGAGACCGGCACAAGCACAAGCAACCAACUCAAGCCUACCAUGCUCCAGCAAAGAUAGUCAUAAACGAGUAUAAACUUGAGAUUAUUGAGUAUAAACCUGCAAUACGUACAGCAGAAGUUGGAUGCUGGGCGCGUCCAGAAGGGGAUCACGGCGUCACGUAG